UGGUAGCGUUAGUGGUAGUCAAUCUCUCCAACCAUGGUGCUCAGUGAUGUUGGGGAGUUACUUGAGAUGUUUAAGAAUAGCUUUCCUUUUUCAUUCCUCUUUUUCAUUCCCAUUUUCAUAAUUCUAUCCCCAGUGAGUCCAGUUUCAGCAGCGCACGAGUUCGCUGCCCUUCGCAUGCAACAGUAUGAUCUACAUGGAGUUAGCUAUGGCUGUAGAAGUUCUCCAGUAAACAUGGAAGCUCGUCCAGUUGAUUCUAAGAUGAUCACAAGGCGCUGCAUUGUGGCCAGGUUACAGGAGGUGUCCAUUUCAAAGUACAGGGACCUGAUACAAGAGAAUGCGGGGGCUCUACUGGUUCUGCUGCCCUCAAAUCUAAGCUCCAUCUCCAAAGAGGACAAACAGCACUUGCAGAUUUUGGAGAGGGAUCUACUGACAGAGGAAACCACAAUUCCUGUGUACUUUGCUCUUGAGACAGAUGAAUUGUCUGAAAUUUAUGAAGAAAUCCACAGAGGAAAUGCAGGAGAUCAGGCCACAACUGCUGUUGAAGCCCUGAUGAGUGGAGCCACAGCUAAUGGGUUCCAAAUGGUUAUAGCAGGGUCUCAAGCUAAGAGUUUGGGAGAAUUUCAGAUCACAAAUAUUCAGGGUCACUUGUCAGGCUAUGGUAUUGAAGAACAACUUCCCACUGUGGCUGUAGUUGCUCACUACGAUUCCUUUGGAAUUGCUCCAAGCCUGGCCCAGGGUGCUGAUGCUAAUGGUAGUGGAGUGGUUGCACUGUUGGAAUUGGCUCGCCUCUUCUCCAAACUCUACACCAAUUCCAGGACACAUGCCAAGUUUAACCUAGUCUUCCUACUUUCUGGAGGGGGUAAAUUUAACUAUCAAGGAACAAAGAGGUGGAUUGAAGACAAUCUAGACUCACAAGAUUCAAAUUUACUGUCAGAUGUGUCCUAUGUCCUGUGUAUAGACAGCAUUAGUAAAUCAGAUGAACUAUAUCUACAUGUCUCUAAACCUCCGAAAGAGGACUCGCCUGGCAGUCAGUUCCUACAGAAUCUACAGAAUGUUGUCAAGUCAUUUUAUCCUGAUGUCAAAUUUGAUAUGGUGCACAAGAAGAUCAACUUAGCAGAAGAUCUGCUGUCAUGGGAACAUGAGAGAUUCAGUAUCAAACGUCUGCCAGCAUUUACUCUGUCUCACUUCCACUCGCACAAAGACCCGGACAGAAACACAAUUCUAGAUAUAAGGGAAAAUGUAGAUACAGGCAAGCUGAGCAGAAAUAUUGGUAUUAUUGCUGAAGCCCUAGCUAGAUAUGUUUACAAUGUCAGUAGUCAUGGUAACCUCCAGCUCUUCUCUGAAGGCCUGGGGGUACAGGAAGACUUGGUUGAGGCCUGGCUCGGACAGCUGACAUCACAACCCCGCGCAACUCAGCUCCUCCCCAAGGGUCACAGUCUCCAUAGUAACCUAGAGGAGGCCAUGAGUCGAUACCUCAAAGAUGUACGACGAACAACAUUUAAAGCUGAUAAGAGGGAUCCAGAGUUUGUCUUCUAUGAUGGUGCCCAGUACACUAUGAGUUCAUACAAUGUAAAACCUGCCAUAUUUGACCUGUUCCUUGCUGUAGCUAUAGUGGCCUACCUGGCUCUUGUUUACCUGGCUGUACAGAAUUUCCACCUCUUCUACAUUGCUAUGCAGAAACUUUCAAGUUCAAAAAAGAUCAAAGUGCAAUAAACAAUUGUCUUGCUUGUUGAAAUCCUGAUCUCCGGCGCUGUUUAGUGUCCCUAACCUCAGUGUAACAAACCACAUGCAGAGACUGGUAGCUAGUAUUUGUGAUAUGUAAGAUGAACAAUCCAAAGAUGACUUUUUUCUACUCAUUGAUGAAUUUUUUGUACUCCUUAAAUUAAAAUUUACAAGUUCUU